CAACAACAGUCCGAGCUGGCACGCAUCCGAGCGACAGAGAGCGACGGGGCGAGCGGCAACACAGACAAAGAUGCGGCGCAGCGUGUGUGAGUGCGAGUCGAGAGUCGAGACUCGAGACUCGGGAUUAUGGCGAUGAGGCUCUACUGGCGAGCAAAGCCUUGCCUAAUUCUUUUUUUUUUCUUUGUGUCGUCUCUCGUUCUCGAGUCAGAAAAGAAGGAAAACCGUGCCCGUUGGCCGCCAUCCGUCCUCUUGCAGUUCCCUAAGCCGGGAAGCUUCAAGCAACGCCGUCUCCCCCACGUUCGCGCCCUAACACCUCAACUAAUGCGAGCUGGGGUCAUGGAUAUCAAUAUACGUGCUCGAACACAUGUAUGUAGAGUAGAGGAGAGGCACCCUUGAGUACAGCGGGCAGGAAUGGCCCAAUUCCUCUCACAUAGGCACUGUUCCUCUGCUCGCAUAGCUGUCCCUUCUCUCGUCGGCAUCUCCAGAGCAGAGGAGACCUCACUGCAAGGCGGCGGCGAAAUGACGAGAUGGGUACAUAGAGUAGAGAAAUCGCAGAGCUCGCAGAGCUCGCAGGAAGGAAUUCGGACCGUUCCUUGCUGCUGGAUGGAUUGCUACUGGCGUGUUUCCGACAAACCACACCUGCAUAACGGAUCAAGAUACUGUUGCUUCCAG